GAAGGGCACCAGGAGCUGUUAAAAGCAGAGAGGAUGCCCAGAGAGACCAGUGAGUGCCCACAGGACUUUGCCAGCCUGAGUGGACCUGCUUGCCCUGAGGACAAGAGGAUGCUCGGCGUGGCAUUCAGCAUCGGGGUCCUGCUGGCCCUGGCAGGCAGCACGGUCGCCCACAACUGCGUUGCCUCGCACCAUGUGGUCUCCAAGAUGCUGCGACAUUUGGAGGACUCUGUCAAGACGGAUGAGCCACCGAACCCCAGCGUCCUGCUGGCCAUGAACCUGGCUGGGGCCACCGGCAGUAUCACCCACAAGCAGCUGCUGCAGGAGAUAGAGAAGGAGGCCGUGAAGAGAGCCCAGAAAGACAUGACCUCAGGAGAGGUGGCUCUGUAUGUGCUUGCCCUCAUCUCCUCCUGCGAGAACCCCCGGCAGGUCCAGGCCCUGGGGCAGAGCAUCGACCUCCUCCGCAUCCUGCAGCAGAAAACGGACGAGGAGGUGGCCAGCCUGGAGGUGGAGGGCAUCCCAAAGACCACCCUGUACAGAGUGAGCCUGGAUGCCCUGAGCCUGUGCCUGACAAAGGCAGGUGGCUACCAAGGGGCAUCCGUGAUCCUGGCCAAGCGAGUGCUGAGCCCCGACAGCCACCUCGAUGUGGACACCCGUGCCGUGGCGGCGCUGGCAAUGGCGUGCACGUACAGCCACACGGAUCUCCGUGACAUGCGGGAACUGCUCUGGGAGGCACUGUCAACUGUGACCAACAGCUUCCUGGAUGAGCAGGAGAAGGGCCAUGGCAUGAUUGGAAACAUCUACAGCAUGGGGCUGGCCAUGCAGGCGCUGCAGGCCACGGGCAAGUUUUAUGCCCCACGGGAGUGGGAUUGUGCCCAGGCCUUCUCCAUGGUGUACAAACAUGACUAUGAGUUGCCCAUGGCCAUUGCCCAGGUCCUGCCUGCCCUCGCAGGCAGAUCCUACCUGGAAGCAGCUAGUGUGGACUGCGCUGCCAAAACCACACCCACCAUCGAGGUGCACUACUCCAUCAUCAACAAGCUGCAGGGAAAGCACUUCAGCUACACCACCUCAGUCCGGGUCCCGAGCGGCUCCACGCUGCUCAAGGUGCUGCAGGCAGCAGAGGCGGAGAAACCCCAAAUCUUUAGCUUUCAGACAGAGCAGACAUCCUGGGGCCCCAUGGUGAUCUCCAUCCACGGGCUGGCUGCCAACUCAAACGACAGGACCUACUGGCAGUUCCUCAGCGGUGGGAAGGCCCUCCAAGAAGGGGUCGGUACCUACAAGCCGCACAACGGGGAGCACAUCCAUGCUGUCUUCAGCACCUACUGAAGACACCGAGGGACGCCUGGUGCUGCUGGGACCACCAUGGUGGCAAUGAUAUAGUACACUUUGCAUUUGCUUGUAGCCACGGCUAAUAAUUGUGCUAGUAACCAUAGUUAUGGCACAUAUGGGGCCAAUUUUGAGGUUUCAAAACCUGGUCGAGUAAGACUUGGAAUCGUGGUCGAGCUAACCUUGAUUAUCGUUAAGAAGUUUAUUAAGAAGCAGCUUUGAUCUCCAAACCAUAGACAAGAAGCAGAACAUCUUGGACCAUAAGUGAAUGUCUGAUUACUUAAUUUGGCAAUGAAACUAACUCUGGAAUGCCCCGAAAGUGAACUGCUUUCAUUUUAAUUCUAAAAGCCACACCCACAGGUCAAAAAGACCCCUGCCCAGGUUAAGACCCUUCCCCUGAGCAUGUGGAUAGCAGAAGCUUUAUGGAAACCCGUCUUAUAGUUGUGGGUUAAUCACUAAGCAAUCAGUAUCUAAUAGGUGUGUUUGGGAAAGUGCUAACUUCUGAUUUUUGUGUAUAAAAGGAGAAUGAAAACCUGCUGUCGGGGUGCUUGAUUUGUGGAAAAGUCCACUGAGCGCCCAGGCCUGAAUAAAUACAACAUCUCUCCUGAGAGUGUUAAGAUGGGU